UUUCUCCCGAACGCUGUUGCAGCGUACUUCCUGGGGUCUCAGCCUGCCGCACUGCCAGCGGCGCUGUCGAAGUGCAAGUAUUGCCAGCGAGAGAGAGGUUCCAUGACCAAGAGCGGCUCUGAAAUCAAAUGGCGCCGGCCUCAGGGUCGCGAGUGCAACUCGUGUCCGAAUGUGCAGCGGUCUCAUCCGCAAUGGCUGGGGCAGUGCGACAACAACGCCGAAACCUUGUCCAACAGGUUGGAGUCGGACGGCGUCUUCCUUGCAGGCUAUGUGGAGGACGUUGACAGCUGGGAGUCCAAGAGGUCCAAAAAAGAGUACACCCCUUCGGUCAAGAAGACCGUGAGCGCCUACCAGUCCGACGAGUGUGUCUUCGAGUCGGUGGUCGGCUACCUGCGGCCCCUUGCCGUAUACAAGAGGGAGAAGAAGUGCGAGCCGAAACAGAAUAAGCACCAGGUUCAGACCAUCGACGGCCGGAAGUGCGCGAUCCUGGACGCAUCCCACGGCACCCACUUGACCGUGCCAGGGGGGGGGGAAAUAUUUACAAAAAAACGUAAAGUGGGAGUGACUUCGUCUGGCGAGCUCGCGAACACUGCGGAGGGCUCUACCGACGAGCAGGUGAAGAAAGCAUACAAGGCAGGACAGACAGCUUUAGCGACGAAGGCUCGCCACGACGAGGAUACGGGCGAAGUCAAAGUCAAAUCCGGCAAGUUGGAUUUUGGUGGGGACCCCGAGGGUGAGGAGUCGCUGCUGUUGGACAUUUGGGGGUCGUCGCUUUCCAGGGCCAAGAACGCGCCGAAGGCCGGCGACCAGGCGGAGGACGGGGGCACAGAGGACACCCCGUCAAAGCUCCCCAAGAAGAAUGCAGGCAGCAAGCCCGACCUCAAGGACACACCAGCGCAGGAGGACGACGACGGCGAAGUUUCCCUGGAGAGGCCGACUCCAGUGAAGCAGCAGCCCGUGAUCAAGAGGGCAAAGAUUGGCGGGCAGGGCGAGUCGGCGUUGAUGAAGUUAGCAAUUGAUGUUCAAUCUUUCGUCAACGAGAUGUGCACCAUGUUUCGCGCGAAGGCCAGGAUCUUGCAGUUGAAGUACGACAGCAAAAUCGAAAGCCUCAAGGGAGAGGAGGCUCUCAUGUCGACGUCAACCUGGCGGGGCGCUUGCAAGACCAACGACUCAUUGGGAAUUCUGUGUGCGCUGCUAGACUCGAUGUUUCCACCGGGCCCGGAUGCUAAAUCGUCAUUCCUGCUGUCCUCGGCGAUCGAGGCUUUGGCGAAAGUGCGCGAGGGCUACAAGCUCGAGAAGCACUGGGACGUCUUGUGCUUCAUCUUGCAUUGCCAGUUCACCAUGACCACCGAUGCAUACGUGGCCGUCACUUCGGCUUGCAGUAGGCUGGCCGCGGACAGCGGCCACGAGCCGAGCUUGGCGAAGUUGGUGACUUUCUCAGAACCCUUCGGUGGCAUUGGCGAACAUCUCGACGACGUUCGCGCGAAGGUGUUCGUCGCCUGGGCGAUCGGAUUCUUGCAGAUGACGUUGCCUGCCGACGCGAAGGCCAACGACGUCGCCCCUCUGUUGGCCCCGGCGGUUGCGUUUGUCAAGGCAUGGGCAGAGAAGGUGUCAGUCGCCGACUCCGGCGGCGAACGCGCGACCAAGUUCGAGGGCGGGGUGUCUUCCGUCGUCCUUUUCAACCCGGACGAUGUUAACCAGGAGAAGGUUGACGAGUGGACUUCGGCAUUGGAGGAUCUGACCGCCGAGAAGAAGUCUUCCGUCGCCAAGUCGAUCACGCGGCCUCCCUCGAGGGAGAAAGGGAAUGCAUUGCAGACGAUGGGCAAUUACCUACGCGCUCGCAUCCUCUUGGCGACAUCGGCUUGGAACGCCGAUAAAGGGUACUUGAUCGACCUGGAAGGCGUUGACUCGGCUCUCGCUCACAUGCGCCUUCCGAGCAAGGUCCUCAUCGUCGCAGCCCUCUCCCAGAACAAGGAUUUUGCGACGAGGUGGCAGAAGGCAUUCGAGCUAUACAGGGGUCUCUUGAGGAACUCGUCCACUGCGUUCCAGACGAAGCACGGUGCGAUGAUCAAGAAAUGCAGCGACCAAUUCGAGGCCUAUUGCACCAGGGCCGUCGAGGGGCUAUGCGAGAGGGCGUCCAAAGAGUUCAGGAUGGGUGAUCUGGAGAAGACCUUUGUCGAGUUUGCCACCAAAGUCCACGAGGAGAAGCCCCGGCAGGCGAUGGUUGACCUGUGCGAGGGGUGCGCCACUGUUGCACUCGUGCCACCUACCAUUGCCAUGGGCAAGAUGUUCUUUGACGACACGAUCAAGACGUGCCACUCCACUGGAGCCUGGCUGUCAGCAGUCUUUGAUAAGCUCAUGGACGCGCUGCCCUCCCUCCACGCAGCGUUAGCUUCGGACGAUGUCGGCGUGGCCACUGGGGCCAUUUACUCAGGCUGCAUGGGGCUCCUCAGCGUCUUGUGGCCUAGCGGCGGCAAUGCCGACGGACAGGCGCUGGCGCAGAAAUUCCCAGCGGUCGCUGCCGUCGCCGGUUCCAUCGAGAAGCGCGUCUUGGAGCUACGUGUGCCCAAGUGCACGGCCCUCGUGACAGCAGGGGCCGAGCUGAAGAUCGCGACGGAGGUGGCCCCGGUAAUCUCCCAGACAAAAGCCGAGGAGUUGCAGGCGGCGUUGUUCGACGCCGAUAAAUCGCCUUCUAGCUUGGCCAGGCUGGGCUCCCUGAUGCGGCUGAAGGAGGUGGCCGUCGGCAAGGAUAAGCUCGUUCACUACGCCACCCCGCUGAUGAUCCAAUCUUGCAUUUCAUGGCACGUCGUGGCCGCCGCAACCCACGCAGAUAUUGUCGAGAAGGUGUUGGCGGAGUGCAAGGUCACUGCAAACGCCAUCAAGCCUGGCGUCGAGUUUGGUUUCGCCGACGUGUUCCAGCAGCACCUCGAGCAUCGCGCCAAGGCGUUGCAAGAGAGUUGCACCGGCGCGCUGGCCCAGCAGUUCGGCGUCCUCUCGGGCGCAUUCCUGGAGUGCUCGGCGCUCGCCGACAAGGUCGCCCUCCCCGAGACCGCUGGCAUGACGGAAAAGAAGGCGCAGGCGUUUCUUCAAGAUGGGUCUGUUGUUUCUCUGCAUUCCUGCAUCUCCAAGGUCAAGAAGUAUUGCGCUCUGUUCGCACGGCUGUGCGAUUCGAUCGACACGGAGGUGGCCCCCAUGCUGGAGGGCUUCUCGGCAGGAUCUGGCGCUCGCGUGUGCGAGGCCAUUGGCUUGCAGAAAACCCAGGCCCUUGCACUUGAGCAGAAAACCGGCGCCGCGGUCCUUUUCCUUUCGCCAGAGGAUGCGAAGGCAUCUCUGGCUGCUCGGCUCGUGGCGUCUUUCGCUGCGAGCCCGAAGGUCGUCGACGGCCUGUCGACUACGUGCUGCAAGAUGUCAGCCAGCGAUGGCCUCUUGAAGUUGCUCACCCAAGCGACUGAGCAGCCAAAGGCUGCGAAGCCGGUCCAGGAACAGUGA